UUGCUUGUUUUGCGGGGAGCGGCUGGCUGCAGGGGUGUGUGUGUUUAUGCUCGGCGGCAUUUCGAGCUAAGGAUACUUCUUUUACGAAGACCCGUUUAUCCCACGGCUCGUCGUCCGACGUGCACGUUAUCUGCUGACGGAGACAAGUCCGGAACGCACCUUCGAAACGGAAACGCGACAGCGGUAAACACAUCCGAACAUGCCGGUGUUUCACACCAAGACCAUCGAGAGCAUCCUAGAGCCCGUAGCGCAGCAGGUAUCUCGCCUGGUGAUCCUCCAUGAAGAAGCCGAAGAUGGAAACGCCAUGCCCGAUCUCGAGCGCCCCGUCAAGGCUGUCAGCAUGGCCGUCUCGAACCUUAUCAAGGUGGGGCGCGAGACGAUCAACAGCAGCGAUGACCAGAUCCUGCGGCAGGACAUGCCUGCAGCGCUGCAGCGGGUCGAGCAGUCCUCCAAGCUUCUCGAGGAGGCCUCGGCCAUGCUCAAGGCCGACCCAUAUUCGCAGCCCGCCCGGAAGAAGCUGAUCGAGGGUGCUCGGGGCAUUCUGCAAGGGACAUCUGCCCUGCUGCUCUGCUUCGACGAGUCUGAGGUGCGCAAGAUCAUCCGCGAGUGCAAGAAAGUUCUGGACUACCUGGCGGUGUCCGAGGUGAUUGAGUCCAUGGAAGACCUCGUUCAGUUUGUAAAGGACAUGAGCCCGUGCCUGACGAAAGUGUCGCGCGACGUGGAUGCCCGGGAGAAGGAGCUGACCCAUCAGGUGCACCGGGAAAUCCUGAUUCGCUGCCUCGACUCGGUCAAGGUCCUGGCGCCCAUCCUCAUCUGCAGCAUGAAGAUCUUCGUCCAGAUCCUGGCACAGUCGGGCAAGGGUGUUGAGGAGGCGGCGGAGAACCGCAACUACCUGGCGCUGCGCAUGACUGAGGAGAUCAACGAGAUCAUCCGCGUGCUCCAGCUCACCACCUACGACGAAGAGGAGUGGGACGCUGACAACCUCACCGUCAUGAAGAAGGCGCAAAAUGCCAUUGCGGGCAAGAUACAGUCUGCGCACGACUGGUUGGAGGACCCCAUGGCGGUCACGGGUGGAGUCGGCGAGAAGUCGCUGCGUCACAUCCUAGACUACGCCAAGCGGGUCGCCGACCGGUCCUUGCCUGCCGACGGUGAUGCUAUCCGCAAGCUCUGUGGUGACCUCGAGUCUAUGACAAACGCCCUGUGUGAAUUGCGGCAGGAUGGCAAGGGCGCAUCACCCCAAGCGCAGUCGCUGGCUCGCGGGGUCGGUCUGAAGCUGCGCGAGCUGAACAACCUGAUUGGCCAGGCCAUCACCAAUGUGGAGCGCAGUGGCAUACAGCAGCUGGCGCACACCGUGGGUGGUCGAGUUGAACAGGCGCUCAAGUGGCUGGUCAACCCUGGUGUCUCGGACCGUGGCCUCGGUGAGCACGCCAUCCAGCUGACGGUGGAGGAAGGCCGGCGGACCGCGGAGAGCUGCCCGAUGCCGCAGCGGGCCGAGAUCGUCCAGUUGUGCAACGAAAUCGACUCGCUCACGCGCAAGCUCAAGGACCUGUGCAGGCGAGGCCAGGGCAACACUCCAGAGGCACAGCAGACUGCCCGGCUCAUCUCAUCCAAGCUGCUCGAAUUGAAGCACAAGAUCCAGAAGGCCCUUGUCAACAGGGUGGUCGAGGAUUUCAUCGACAUCACUACUCCUUUGAAGAUGUUCACCGAAGCUGUGCACGCUCCUGAGGGCACACCCAACAGAGAAGCCAACUUCCAAGACAAGGCCCGCAACCUGACUGAGUUUUCACAGAAAGCAGCUCGCACGGCACGAAACGUUGCUCUCGGUGGUGCGUCAAACAAGAAGCUUGCGGAGGCGCUCCUGUCUUCAGCAGCUCAGGUGGAGAGUUUGACUCCACAAUUAGUGAACGCUGGUCGUAUACGGAUGACCUACCCAGACAACAAGGCUGCGGACGAGCAUUUUGAGAACCUGCACAAGCAGUACUCGGAGAGCAUGAUGCACAUGCGGAACCUGGCUGAUGAGGCCACCGACACUGCAAGCUUCGUCAAGGUCACCGAGGACAUGAUCCUGAAGCACACUGAGCUGUGCGAGGACGCCAUGGCCCGCCAGCUUCCCCAGCAGAUGGUGGACAACACGUCCAGCAUUGCCCGUCUUGCCAACCGGGUCCUUAUGGUCGCCAAGCAGGAGUCGGACAACUCCGAGGACCCCAUCUUCAUUGGUCGCGUCAACCAGGCCGCCGACAGCCUGCAAGGCACGGUCACACCCAUGAUCCAGAAUGCUAAGCAGGUUGCUACCCGCAUCUCGGACCCGGUGGCCCAGUCCCGCUGGAGGGAGUCCAACAAAGCGCUCAUCAACGCAGUUGGCCAGGUACGGCAGGCUGUGACGGUGACGCCCGAAGAGGAGCUCCUUCCGCACCUCAUGGGACUGCAGGCUAACGAGGUGGUGGUGGAACCACCCAUUCAGAAGACUACAAUUCCCAGGCAGUUGCAGGAACAAAGCUACCCAGAGGAGGCCCCGCCACGACCCCCACUGCCAGGCUCUGGGGAUAGGGCCCCGCCAAGGCCGCCACCACCGUGUGAAACCGACGAUGAGUUUGAAGAGCGCUUCCCGCCACCUCAGCCAAACCAGCCAAUCAUGAUAGCAGCGCACGGCUUGCACCAGGAAGUCCGUCAGUGGUCCAGCAAGGACAACGAGAUCAUUGCGGCCGCCAAGAGGAUGGCCAUUCUUAUGGCCCGGCUCAGCCAGCUGGUCAGGGGUGAAGGAGGCACAAAGAAAGACCUGAUUGCCUGCGCCAAGCAGAUAGCCGAGGCGUCUGAAGAAGUCACUCGUCUCGCCAAGGAGCUCGCUCGCAUGUGCACCGACAAGCGCAUGAGGACGAACAUCCUGCAAGUGUGUGAGCGCAUACCGACCAUUGGCACCCAACUGAGAAUACUGUCUACGGUCAAGGCCACCAUGCUCGGCGCCCAGGAGCCCAUACCGACGCCCGACGGGAGCGAGAUUAUCUGUGGCACUGAGGAGGACCAGGAGGCGACGGACAUGUUGGUUGGCAAUGCCCAAAACCUGAUGCAGUCAGUCAAGGAGACUGUGCGUGCCUGCGAGGCAGCCUCCAUCAAGAUCCGUACGGACUCUGGACUUCGUGUCCGCUGGAUCCGCAAGCAGCCCUGGUACCAGUAUUAGAUGGAGACUGCAGAUCACGACAGAGCACGAACGCAGAGCCGUCCAUCAGCCCUCUGCCGUGCGUCACUUCGAUAAUGUCGAAUCACAUGGACUGCCGCAAAACCGUGCUGCAACGUCCUGAGAGAAACCGCCGCCACGCAUUCGGGUGUCGUGGAGUUUCUGCAAGCCAUGGCUGCGGGCGUUUGUUGUGCACUAAUCGGAACAGGGCUCUGCCAUCGUGACUUGUUUCUGCGUCGGUGCCCGCAGUGCCGUCAGUGGUUGCACUUCGUUAACAAACCUUUUGUUUUUAGCAUCCCUCCCUCAGUGUUUCUUGUUGUAAGUGGGUCUUUACAUUGUUUUGCUUACGUUGUUGUUUAAACUUUUAAGUACAUAGUGUUAGUUCUUUUUUGUUCCUAGUAACGUUGACCUCAUUGUCGGUGCAGCGAGAGUUUUUUGUCGAUCCCGCUAACUGUCUCUUCGUCUCUGUGGCAGGGCAAGCCCAACGUAACGACGGUUCAAGCUGCAUUUCUCUCGUACGCACAAUAACGGUCUCAUUCGUUUCAUUUGAAAAUUUUCGGUUGCAUUCUCUCAAGUCCAAAAGUGUAACCGUAUUUUUAGUUAGCAACUAUUCUUGAAUAGUUUGUUUUUUCUUCUCUCGUGAGGGGACCUAAUUAUGUUGGGCUUUAUGAUUUAAAAUUUUCUCGCAAGUUAGUGCACUGCACACAUCGAUGAAAACAUAUCUAAGACAGGGUAUCUGCCACUGAACACUCUGCCGGCGCUUGUCUGGCUGAAGAAAAAAAAAAAGCUGUUUUCCUUUCUUGGCGAACAUUGCACUGAACUAACAAGUGAGCUCGCUUAGAAUGUCCAGCACGAAUACGUCUACACGCAACUCUGUCACAGCGUACUUCGCGUGAAAAUUUCCUGGAUAGAUUUUUAGUUUAGGCAUGUACGGAAAUAGAUCAGUAGUCACGCAAAUGAUUUUUAUAUUGUGAAGGGAGUGGUCCUCUUCGCGUAGUGGACACGAGUGUGCUGGGAUAGUCUAUUUUUAGAUGACAUUACAUUACCGAAAAAUUUACUUCAACUACCAACGUGUCUUCCAUGGGCUGGAACAACAAAGGUUAAUAACGAUCGUUUAACUGAGCUACAUAACAUUGACAAUAUGUCAAUCAUUUUCUCUCUGUGGCCCCCUCAUCCCUCGGUGAAAUGUUCCGACAGUGUUGAAAGUCGGUGCUUGCACUCUAUUAGUCCUCGACUAAUGACACAAGUGACUUCAACGCAUACUUACACUUAUCUAAACCUGAAGUAGUCCGUAAACAUGCAGUCCUUCGAGAAUUUUUAAUGAAUUUUGGUGCAUUUUCAGUGCAACAUAGUUGCCUUUUCAAGUGUUCUAUGCAUCGCGUGUCGAUCUCUUUCGUUAACCGUUGCUGUUCUCGAAUUUGUGUCCUGCGCUGUUUCUUGCAUACUCCCUGUUUGUCUUUGAAGCUAGGCUUCGCACGAACGUGUGUUUAUUUUUUCCCUAUUAACCCACUUUUUAACAAACCUGUUCUUUUUUAGGGAAACCGGUGUUUUUCUUGCGUUUUUUAACGUUUAACGUUUGCGCGCGUCGUGUUGCAUGAAGGAACUGGAGUGAUUCCUUGGUGUUCCUCUCUCUCUCACACAUACGGUUGUGCCAUAUGACUCUGAGAUGUCUUUUUUUAUUUUGAACCUUUUACAUUGUCGUGUGUACUCAUUUUAAAGAUGACACAGGCGGUUUCGUUGCCCCUGGUGAUUCAAAAUGGUGUUUCAAAGAUGUCAAGUGCUUCUCUUCGCUAGACAGUCUGCGCUAGUGUCUUUAGCUAUUUCACUGCCCAUGCGUAACAGCCCAAUUAUGUGUCAGCAAUGUUAAGAGCAGAGCUGUUCGAGCCGAGCAUCGGUCCAUGAUGGGUGAACAGAAGUGAUCAGAAAUGAUGAACAGAAAUGAACCAGCACGCGCUCUCUUCAUCCUCUUCUUCCUCUCUGUCCUCUUCAUCAUCUUCUGCUUCACUCCCAGGACAUGUGCGCCAUAAACAUGAUGCUCUAAACCAUGAUGGCAUCACAAAAAUGCCAUGCUCCGAUUCGCACGUGGCAGGCCGUGUUGCAAAGGCUUCUUGCUUUGUUUGCAUCUGGCAACCAAAAAGUAGUCCAUCACACAUGAAAUUGAGCUUUGUGUUUGGAUAUAAAAUGAAGUCCCAUACAAUUACAUUGUGAAAUACAACAUUUUUUACUCCAGUCAAUAUAGGGAUAUUGACCACUUAUAACCAACACCGGAGUAGGAUGUUUUUGCAGGAUACGACUAUAGUGCAUAAUUUAUGCUCCUGACCAGACCAUUAGUAUCACCUGCUAGAAGUGCAAACGUAAUAUGGCAUGAACUUGUGUCUGCAAGUACUUUAGGGAUCAAGAGCAACUCAACUGCAGAAGGUGCUAAGAGAUACCUCAGUGUCUGCACUGCCGGUAUAGCUUCCGCACUGUUGCAUACUAUGCAAUAAGUUUACUUUAGUGCUUAGAUUACUUUAGUGUUGCAGCUUAUGUGGAAUUCCCUUUGCACAGAAAAGCUGUACCAUACAUUGUAGUGUAACCGUGUGCCUUGCUAGGACAAUUUUCUAAAGGGUGAUUUGGCAGUGUCGAUUAAGAGCUGAUGUGCUAAUCAACUGGUGGUAGGACAAGCAGGUUCCUUUUUUCAAGGAUUGGGGUCUGUCUUUAAGAUGGCGAUUGCUGAUGACGAUGAUGUGAGGAUGCUUCCAAGCAAUAAUAAGACAUUUAUUUGCGCUUCCAUGCGCUUUUUAAUUACGCUGCAACAGCUGGGAAGAAGGAAUUCACGAGUUAAGUCAUGUGCGCAUGCAGCUUCAAGAGUGGGAGUUCAGGACAUCCGGAGAUCCCUACUGGAUCUGUGGAUGUGGAUGAGGCCCAGUGAAUAAGCACUUAAUUUGUUUUUUGAGGCUCUUCCGAAGUCUGAGCCUUUAGCUGCUUUGCUAUGGCUGCAGCAGUGAGCAAAACUGCAUUUUCUGUGUCGAUUGUGGAGAGCCAUUUUGCACCACCAGAGGCAGUGAACAUUUCAGGUGCGACUUGCUGUGCCUGAGUAAUGUCACGUUUCUUUUUUUUUUCUUCUUUUUAACUUUUGUGUUGAUGCAAUUCCGUUCUUGCCCUUUUACAAUAGCGUUGUCAAACUGUGUCAUUGUUACCUUUUAAUAUUGAAUGUUCGUUACAAUGCAUGAUGCAUGACAAUAAACUAGGAUACGAGAAACUUGGCAUUAUACUGGCCUUGCUUUCAUCGAAGUCUUUUUGUGUCGACACUAAUUGACUGUCCGUCGCAGUGAAAUUUUCUUGGUACGUCUUCCACGUUCUGUGUGUCCAUAACGUGCCCACCGUCUCUUGCACCAUAUUUGGUGGGCAUAUUUUACAUGGCUCGUGCAAGCGGUGUCGCGUAUGGCGCAAGUGAAAUCGGCGUCGAAAGUGUGUGUAACCUUCGUCUACGUUUCGCAUCAAACGCAUCUUUCUUCUGUGUGACUUCUUGGGUACGGUGGCCAGUGUGCAUUGGUGCAAAUACUGUGCAAUGUGCAACAUUUUCUUGGGCUGUAGCUGAAACUGUACUGGUGUGAACAGCUAAUUGCAAGCUCGGCAGCAAUUGAAACUUUGGCGCGAUUGGUGUCGCUAAGUUGUGAUGGUGCACCUGCCUUGAUCAGCACCUGAGCCCAAACGUCAGUGAAUUAGUUACUGACAUACUUAAUUGAAAUGUGAAUUCUAAAUACUAGUUCUUUUUCUAUACAGGCAUGCGCAGUAAGAUUCACUCUUAGAGGGGGUACUUGACCAGUGUUUAAAAUGAAGUUACUUGAAUGUAUUAGCAACACAAGAAAAACGUGCUAAAUGUCAAUCACCGGUAAGCUUAUAUUGGUAAGACACUAUUACCAAAGCGUUCAUGUCAAGAUGGAGCCGUAACCUGUCCCGAAGUACUUGAUUGGCAUUCUCCUUAACACUGAGUCAUACUUCGCAAGACGCAGGCACAUACUGCUGUUCAAUGUGGGAGGAUUCAGGAACAGCUGUGAGGGGAUCACUUACAACAUUAUGGCAUUUAAUGCAUGUUCGUUUGUGGCCUCCGCUUUUCGAUCUCCUCACAGCCAAAGGCUCAAGUGGAAUUGUGCGCGAGGAGGCAUCGUUUUCGUCGUGUUGCCUGCAUAUGUUGGCGGUGCCUUUGAUUCAUUAUGCAAAUGCUUUUCUUAUGCAAUGUGCCACUCUCUCAUGGGACAGUGUGUUGCCCUUCGACUCCCAGUGCUUCGUUUUUUUUACAUGCCAGUGACUACAUCGUGUACUGCAAUAACCGCCUUUAUUUCUUAUUUAUAUUCUCUAUUAGAGCUAAUAAAGUAAUUAUUACUCCUUA